GAUGGUGAUAUUCCUCCCCGAGAUCUUGCCCAACCGCCAUGAACGACUCAGCGUUUCAACGUCGGCGACGACGUUCGCGCGCGCGGAAAACGACGGUAUCAUAGACCUGCCGAUGACAAUGUCGGAUGCGAAUCCGUCGUGUGCUUUUUAACGCGGACACCAGAUGGAGCUGCUAUCGCGCUAGCCGCUGAUAAACAGCUCAAGCUACGGCAAAGAGACGCGAGCCGUCGCGACGACGCAAACGGUGCAACCUCACGUGCAUUAACCGCUCGAUACGCAUCGCGAUUGACCACGUGAACUCGUGUGCGACGCUCCAGGACCUCGAACUUCGACCCCGGGACACGGGCCUUAUGGGCAUUUGGCCGUGAAGGCGCGUGGAAUUUCGUGAGAGGCGUCGCGACCGCGUAACAGCAGCAGCAGCAGCAGCAGCAGGCUGGAAGAUGUCGUCGGCGAAGAGUGUCAAGGUGAGCAGGACAGACCCUGCGAAUCGAAGCUGGACGGCGAAGCCGAUCGUAGGUUUCGAGUUCACGGAGGCUCCCAAGCUGCAGGAAGUUUACGUGGGUCUCCUGAAGCAACGGAAGGACACCUCCGCCGCGAUCAAAAGCGUAUCCGCCAUCCUGCCGGGAUUCCAGCAUCUCAGACGUUGCUCCAACGGCAAGCUGCUCCUAGCUCCGCUCCGCUCGGACGAGUCGUCGCCGGCCAGCGGCCGCGACGACACAGUCAGCGAAGGUGAGCUGAAGAGCCGGCUGAAGGAGAGAGGUUUCGACCUCUCCUUGUUGGAGGACAAGUUCCAAGUGACGAAGGUGCCGGCCAAGGCGCCACGAACGAAGUCGCAGGCCAGCGAAGCUUCCAAGACCUGGCCGGUGAACUUUCACCCCGACGCGACGAUCGAGCACUUGCUCGACGGCUCCGUUUUCGAUGAAGGGAGCUUGCGCGCGAUCGAGGGGAUCAUGUCGCUGGUGAUAGAAGCCGCCCGGCUGGAGGCGGUCGGCGACGAGCGCUGCACCGGCGCCGCGGCGGUCGUCGAUCCCGAGGACGGCAGGAUCUUGGCCGUCUCCGCCGCAAGGCUCGACCGGCAUCCCAUGUGGCAUGCCGCUAUGUUGGCGGUGGAUCUCGUCGCGAAACUCCACGGCGGCGGUGCGUGGCGCUUAGACGACGAGGACCGGCAGCGCGAGGAAGCCGCAAAGAAACGCACGAACGACGGGCAAGAAGCGAAGAAGGAUGCGCCCGAUGGCCAGCGGGCAGACUCGUGCGCGGUCAUGAGCGAGGACGAGAAGCUGAGGACACGGCUGGUGAGAAUCAAGAGGAGGUACGAGGAGGACACGCCGUUCUGCUACCCGAGGUCCUUGUCUACUCUGGCGUUUCCGCCUCGAACGUCCUUCGAGACUCAAGAGCCGCGGAAAGGACGGCGGAACAAUGGCGCGAGGACGAUGACGAAGGAGGAAGGUCGCGGGGCCGACGCACCGUGCGCCGGCAAGUGCGGGCCGUAUCUGUGCACCGGCUACUGGGUGUUCCUGCUGACGGAGCCGUGUCCUCUAUGCGCCAUGGCGCUGCUGCACUCCAGAGUCGCGCGGGUCUUCUACGGCGCGGCGAACCCGCGCGUCGGAGUCUUGGGCUCCAGGGCGAUCCUGCAUACAAUGCCGGGCUUGAAUCACCGGUACCGCGUGUGGAGCGGUAUCCUGGAGCGAGAGUGCCGGCGUGUGGCGGAGGAGCUCGACGUGCGCCGACGUAGCAUCUGA